AUGAUGUCCAUCGAUACCACAUAUACAGUUCCCCAGGGACAAAAAUCACCAUCUGCAGCUGCCCUGCCAUCUAUCCAGACCACCGCCACCAGCACAUCUCUCAAGACGGAGACUCCGGUCGACAUUGCCGGACAGGCCGGCGAACACACGCACAUCUGGCUCGUCACUGGCCCUGCCGGAUGUGGCAAGAGCAGCGUUGCCGAGUACAUGGCAAACGCCCUCAACAUGCCUUACAUUGAAGGCGACUCGUUUCACACCCCGGCCAAUGUCGACAAGAUGAGGAACGGGAUUCCUCUGACCGAUGCGGACCGCUGGGACUGGCUGACGGCCCUUCGCGAUGAGUCCAUGCGCCUCAUCAGCGAGGGCCAGAUGGGCGUCGUCAUGACCUGCUCUGCCCUGAAGCGGAAAUACCGAGACGUCAUCCGCGUUGCUGCGUACUACGACCACCGCCUGCUCAUCCACUUCAUCUACCUCGAUGCCUCGGAGGAGCUGCUGCUGCAGCGUGUCACCCAGCGCCAGAACCACUACAUGGGCGCCAACAUGGUGCACAGCCAGUUUGAUAUCCUGGAGCGACCUUCUCAAAACGAAACAGAUGUCAUCACCAUCGAUGUAAGCCGAACCCUGGCCGAGGUGCAGGAGGAUGCUCUGGCCAGGGCCAUCAAGACCAUGGAAAGCGACCACAACAGCCAAUAG